AUGGCUCGGAAAAAAGAUAAAACUGCUACUGGUGAUGGUAGUGGUGAAGAUAAAGUAGACCUUACCACAAUACAACAACCAAUCUCCAUAGAUAUUAUAACAUCAACGCUAAGAGAGCGUUAUCAACAUGACUUGAUUUAUACUCGAAUAAAUUCUUCCGCACUAGUUUCAAUAAAUCCUUACAAAAUAUUGCCCCUUUUUAAUGAUUCAACUGUACAAGAGUAUGUUGCUGAUUAUAAAGACUCCUCGGGACAAAGAACUUCACCACCCCCGCACGCUUUUCAAAUUGCUUCUCAAGCAUAUUUACAUAUGCGAAGAACUGCUGAAGAUCAAUCUAUCAUAUUAAUCGGUGAAUCUGGUAGUGGUAAAUCAGAAGUUCGUAAACUUUUAGUUAAAGAACUCAUUGCAUUAAGCUCACAUCAAAAAAAAGAAUCAAGAAUUCAAAAUCAAGUUCCUGCUUCAGAGUUCAUUUUGGAAUCAUUCGGUAAUGCAAAAACAUUAAUAAAUAACAAUGCAUCACGCUUCGGUAAAUACACCGAAUUACAAUUCAAUGAACGUGGUAGGCUAAUUGGUGCAAAAACUCUUGAUUACCUACUGGAAAAAACCCGUGUUUCAAAUGUACCUGCAAGUGAAAAGAAUUUUCAUGUAUUUUAUUAUCUGAUCGCCGGUGCUUCAAAUGAUGAAAAGUCUCAUCUACAUCUAACGACAACUGAUGCCUCACAAUAUCGUUAUCUCAAUCUAUCAAAAUCAACUUCAAAAGCCUACAAUAACAUUAAUGCUGAUGAAGCAAGUAAAUUCAGUGAAUUAAAACAAUCAUUAAAAUCUUUAGGUUUUCAUAAAAAACAUGUUGCUCAAAUGUUCCAACUACUGGCUGCUAUAUUGCAUCUUGGCAACAUUCAAUUUUCCCAAGAUCCUAAUAAACAACAAGAUGCUGCCUUUGUUAAAAAUAUGGACGUUUUGGAUUUGGUUGCUGACUUUCUAGGUGUAGAGCCUCGUGCUUUAGAAUCUGCUCUUACUUAUAAAACAAAAUUAAUCAAAAAAGAAAUAUGCACCAUUUUUCUGGAUAUUGAAGCUGCAUCCGUACAAAGAGAUGAAUUGGCAAAAGCUCUUUAUUCCUUACUGUUUAGUUGGAUAGUCGAAUACAUCAACACUAAAAUUUGUCAUGAAGAUUUUGCCAGCUUCAUCGGUAUUGUCGAUCUAAUUGGUUUUCAAAAUGCAUCAACCAAUUCCUUGGAUCAAUUCUGUGUUAAUUUUGCAAAUGAAAAAAUUUAUAAUUUCACUUUACAACAAAUUUUUGAAGUGAAUAAUGCCGAAUAUGUAGAUCAAGGAAUUGGUGAUGUUGUUAUAUCUGAGGUACCCUAUUUUGACAACUCUGAAUGUUUGAAAAUGUUGGACAAACCUUCAACUGGUCUGGUAGCUAUAAUGAACGAUCAAGCAAACAAAUCACCUCGCAAAACAGAUCAAUCAAUGCUGGAUGCUUUCAACAAAAAAUAUUCUAAACAUAACUCCUACACCGCCACUGCAAAAAGUUUAAACGCCCUACCGAGAUUUGGCAUACAACAUUACACAUCGCAAGUCACAUAUGAUAUUACCGGUUUUAUGGAAAAAAAUCUUGAUAAUCUAAGUGGUGAUUUUGUUUCUUUGUUCCGUGGCAAUGGUGAAGCACCUCCUUCAUACAAUAGUUUCAUUGUCGGUCUUUUUACUGAUAAAUCUGUUGCAACAGAGUCACAUCCACAAAAUGAUAACACCAUAGUUGCUGCUCAACAAUCUGUCAAACCUAUGAGAGCCCCUUCAAUGCGUCGUAAAAAAAGCAAAAAAAGGUCACCAAUCACAAUUGAAGAUACCACAGUUGAUGAUGUCGAUGAUACAUCAAAAAAAACUGUAAACUGUGUUACAGCCCAAGUUCAAUCAGCUUUGGAUGAACUAUGUGAAACUUUAUAUGAAACAACUCCUUUAUUCAUAUUUUGCAUUCGUCCAAAUGACACACAGCUUCCAAACCAGGUUGACUCAAAAGUUCUACUAUCACAAGUAAAAUCUCUUGGUUUAUCAGAAAUAACAAAUCGAUUAAAAAUUAAUUACACCAUUGGUUUAACACACGAAGAAUUUUUGGAAAGAUAUCAGCCUAUAUUGGAUUCAAUGAAUUUAAACCAGUCCCGUGAUCCAAAAGCUAAAGUUGAAGCAUCAUGUACUAUUUUUGGUUGGGAUCACAUUGAUAUGAUUGUUGGGAAUCAAAAAACUUAUUUGAGUGAGAAUGCUUGGCGUAAUUUAGAAGAUAAUUUGAGAAAUUUUAGUGAAAUUGGUCAUCAUCCCUCACCACAAAAAAGUCCUGAUGAACAAUCUUACUAUUCAAAUGAUGAUCGAUCAUACAUAUCAGAAGAUGAGAGUUAUCAAGAAGAAGCCUUCAGCCAGUACAAUGAGACUGCCUCUGUUUGUGGUUCAGAUAUAUAUGCACCAUCACGCAACAUGUUUAUGGAAAUGAAAAAAUUGCCUACCGAAGAGAAAGCUGCUGCUGUUAUUGAAGAAGAGGAGGAGCCAAAGAAGAUGACUUCAGCUCGUAGAAAAUGGUUAAUACUUACUUGGUUGCUUACUUGGUGGGCGCCCCCAUGUUUCUUAUCAUGGUUUGGUGGUAUGAAACGUAAAGACAUUCAGAUGGCAUGGCGAGAAAAAGUUGCGUUGUGCCUGCUCAUCCUUUUCAUGUCUUGUGUAUUUGUUUUCAUAUUGGCUGUGCUGGGUCAGCUCGUAUGUCCACGUGUGUUCAUUUUUGAUGAUGCAGAAUUGGCUGACCAUUCUUUUGAAAAUAAUAAUAACAAUGCAUUUGUAGAAAUUCGUGGCGAAAUCUAUUCCUUAUCAGAAUUUGCUCCACUCCACAUCCCAUCAUUCAUUGAUCAAAAAACUUUGAUGUCGUUUAGUGGUCUGGACGCUUCCGAUUUAUUCCCCGUGCAGAUUAGUGCUUUGUGUGUUGGAGUUGGAGUUUCUCCAUCAGUUACAAUGGCCAACGGUACAGCAACUAAUCCAUUCGCAAAGUAUCACGAUUUUCGUUAUUACACUGAUGACUAUCGUCCUGAUUGGUACGAGGAGGAGAUAUUGAUUAGAAUGAGGGAUAAGCAUCUUGUUGGUCAAAAAGGUCUUUCACCUUCCACAAUCAGUGACCUAGCAUUCUCAAAAGGUAGAAAUGUCGCAGUCAUACAUGACGAUGUUUUUGAUUUGACUUCUUAUGUAACUGGUGGAAGACUUUCAAUAGGUCCAGAUGGUCAACCUGUUGAGGCAAAUACAGAUUUUAUUAAUGGAUUGAUUCAAGAUUUGUUUGUAGGGAGUAAAGGAAGUGAUAUCAGUAAACAAUUCGAUGCGUUAGAACUUGAUCCACAACUCAAGUCUGAUCAGUUGAAUUGUAUAAAAAAAUUAUUUUACAUUGGCAAAGUUGAUCAUCGUAAUUCAGCACAAUGUCUUUUCUCGAGGUAUGUUUUGCUUGCAUUUUCCACAGCAAUUGUGGCAGUUAUAGGAUUCAAAUUUUUGGCAGCUUUGCAACUAGGCACAAAACGUGAACCAGAAGAACAUGAUAAAUUUGUUAUUUGUCAAGUACCAUGUUACACUGAAAGUGAGGAUUCAAUGAAAAAAACAUUGGAUUCAUUGGCAAUAUUGAAAUAUGAUGAUAAAAGGAAAUUGUUGUUUAUAGUUUGUGAUGGUAUGAUUGUUGGUAGUGGAAAUGAUAGACCCACACCACGUAUUGUUUUGGACUUACUGGGAGUAGAUCCAAACUUGGAUCCUGAACCAUUAAGCUUUUUGUCAUUGGGUGAUGGGGCUAAACAACAUAAUAUGGGCAAGAUAUAUUCGGGAUUGUAUGAGUGUAAUGGACAUGUGGUACCAUAUCUUGUUGUUGUCAAAAUGGGUAAACCAACUGAACGAUCAAGGCCUGGUAAUCGUGGUAAACGGGACUCGCAAAUGAUAUUGAUGAAAUUUUUGAAUAAAGUCCAUUUCAAUUCAGAGAUGACACCGUUGGAAUUGGAGAUGUAUCAUCAAAUCAAGUAUGUGAUAGGUGUGAAUCCAAGUUUCUACGAGUAUGUGCUUAUGGUUGAUGCCGAUACAGAGGUUAUGCCCGAUUCAUUGAAUCUAUUGGUUUCAGCAUUUAUACAUGAUACAAGGGUCAUGGGAUUAUGUGGCGAGACAACAUUAGCAAAUGAGAAGAAAUCAUGGGUCACUAUGAUACAAGUUUACGAAUAUUUCAUAUCACAUCAUCUUGCAAAAGCUUUUGAAUCAUUGUUUGGUAGUGUGACAUGUUUACCGGGAUGUUUUUGUAUGUAUCGAGUGAGAACACCAGACUCGCAUAAACCAUUACUGAUUAGUAAUCAAGUUAUUGAGGACUAUUCAGAGAAUAUAGUUGACACAUUGCACAAAAAAAAUUUAUUACAUUUGGGUGAAGAUCGAUACAUGACCACGUUGAUGAUGAAACACUUUCCAAAUUAUAAAAUGACAUUUGUACCGGAUGCACAAUGUAAAACCACAGCACCUGAUCAAUGGUCUGUAUUGAUAUCACAACGUCGUAGAUGGAUCAAUUCCACAGUACAUAAUUUGAUGGAAUUGGUGUAUUUGCCACAACUUUGUGGAUUCUGUUGUUUCUCAAUGAGAUUUGUGGUGAUGCUUGAUUUGUUUGCAACACUUAUAAUGCCAGCAACCAUAUUAUAUAUGGGAUAUCUGAUUUACACAAUUAUCAAAGAUCCAUCAACAAUACCAAUUACAUCAAUAAUGUUGUUAGCCGCUGUUUAUGGACUACAAGCUGUAAUCUUUAUAUUUAGGAAGAAAUGGGAACAUGUCGGAUGGAUGAUAGUGUAUAUAAUUGCAAUGCCUGUUUUUUCAUUUUACUUGCCAAUUUAUGCAUUUUGGCAUUUUGAUGAUUUCUCAUGGGGUAAUACACGUAUGGUGGUCGGUGAGAAGGGCAAGAAGAUGUUGUUGACAGAUGAGGGAAAAUUUGAUCCAAAAAGUAUUCCGAAAAAGAAAUGGUCAGAUUAUGAACAAGAGUUGUGGGAAGUCAAUACAGAAGGGUCACAAGAAUCAGAACGUUCAAGGGUUUCAGAUAGAUCAUCUAAAAGUAAUAGAAGCAAUAGAAGUAGAUCUAACACUUAUAAUAGUAUUAAUAAUUAUAAUCCUAAUAGCAUUUUUAACGCUGGUGUUUAUAAUGGUGGUAGUAGACCUGGUUCACGUGCUGGGUCUACAUAUGGAAAACCACAAAGAUAUUAG